CAGCACAGACCUGGGAUGGGGGACUUGGGCUCCAAGGACUCCACACAGGAUCAGUGCCCAAAUGCCCAGCUUGGCCACCGACCCUGGACAUGUGGCCUCUACUCUCAACUGGGGGAGAGGCCUAAGGCCAGUCCAGAGGAGGCCCAGGCAGCCCGUGAGAGGAGCCCUGGGUUCUGUCUAGAGGGUCUCCUCCCUGCACCUGCCCCUGGGCCCCUGGCACCAGCUGCCCAGCCCUCCCUCUGUCUGGGGGAGGGGGCCCAGGUCUCACAGUGCGCCUGGGGGACCCAGGAGGACAGCCUGGUCCACUACCCCAUGGACGAAGGUGGCGGCCAGGGCCCCCUCUGCUCCCUGGACAACAACCACGCCUACUUCAUCCUGGUGGAGCCGGGGCCCCCUGGGAAAGGCGACGGGCCCACGGAGCUGCGGCUAAGGCUGGAGAGGCACAUCUCGGAGCAGAGGACCUGCCAUGGGGGCACCAGCAGCAUUGAGAUCCCCGUCCUCUGUCUGCUGGUCAACGGUGACCCCAGCACCCUGGAGAGGAUUUCCAGGGCUGUGGAGCAGGCCGCCCCGUGGCUGAUCCUGGCGGGCUCAGGGGGCAUCGCUGACGUGCUCGCUGCCCUGAUGAACCAGCCCCACCUCCUGGUGCCCCAGGUAGCUGAGAAGCAGUUUAAAGAGAAGUUCCCAAGUGAGCACUUCUCCUGGGAGGACAUCGUGCGCUGGACAGAGCUGCUGCAGAACAUCACCUCCCACCCGCACCUGCUGACCGUGCAUGACUUCGAGCAGGAGGGCUCUGAGGAACUGGACACCGUCAUCCUCAAGGCACUGGUGAAAGCCUGUAAGAGUCACAGCCAGGAGGCACAGGAUUACCUGGAUGAGCUGAAGCUGGCCAUGGCCUGGGACCACGUGGACAUCGCCAAGAACGAGAUCUUCAAUGGGGACGUGGAGUGGAAGUCCCGCGACCUGGAGGAGGUGCUGAUGGACGCGCUGGUGAGCAACAAGCCCGAGUUCGUGCGCCUCUUCGUGGACAACGGCGCCGACGUGGCCGACUUCCUGACCUAUGGGCGCCUGGAGCAGCUCUACCGCUGCAUCCCCCCCAGGAGCCUGCUCUUCGACCUGCUGCAGCGCAAGCACGAGGAGGGCCGGCUGACGCUGGCCGGCCUGGGCUCCCAGCAGGCCCGGGAGCUGCCCGCCGGGCCGCCCGCCUUCUCUCUGCACGAGGUGUCCCGCGUGCUCAAGGACUUCCUGCACGAUGCCUGCCGCGGGCUCUACCAGGCGGAGAGGGCCCCGGCCAGGCGGCCCAUGGGCCAGAAAUGGCUGCUGGACCUGAACCAGAGGAGCGAGAACCCCUGGAGGGACCUGUUCCUGUGGGCCGUGCUGCUGAGUCGCCAUGAGAUGGCCACCUACUUCUGGGCCAUGGGCCAGGAAGGGGUGGCAGCCGCCCUGGCCGCCUGCAAGAUCCUCAAAGAGAUGUCCCACCUGGAGACGGAGGCCGAGGCGGGCCGCACCCAGCGCGAGGCCAAGUACGAGCAGCUGGCCCUGGACCUGUUCUCCGAGUGCUACGGCAGCAGCGAGGAGCGCGCCUUCGCCCUGCUGGUGCGCCGGAACCGCGGCUGGAGCAGGACCACCUGCCUGCACCUGGCCGCCGAGGCCGACACCAAGGCCUUCUUCGCUCACGAUGGCGUGCAGGCCUUCCUGACCAAGAUCUGGUGGGGGGACAUGGCCUCUGGCACGCCCGUCCUGCGGCUGCUGGGCGCCUUCCUCUGCCCGGCCCUCGUCUACACCAACCUCAUCACCUUCAGUGAGGAGGCCUCCCUCAGGACAGGACUGGAGGACCUGCAGGAGCUGGACAGCCUGGACACGGAGAAGAGCCUGCUCUGCCGCCCGGGCAGCCGGGUGGAGGAGCUGGCUGAGGCGCCGAGGACUCGGAGCGGCCGAGGCCCCCGGGCGGCCUUCCUGCUCACACGCUGGCGGAAGUUCUGGGGGGCGCCCGUGACCGUGUUUCUGGGCAACGUGGCCAUGUACUUCACCUUCCUCUUCCUGUUCGCCCACGUGCUGCUGGUGGACUUCAGGCCGCCUCCCCAGGGGCCGUCAGGGCCCGAGAUCGCCCUGUACUUCUGGGUCUUCACGCUGGUGCUGGAGGAGAUCCGGCAGGGCUUCUUCACUGACGAGGACACGCACCUGUUGAAGAAGUUCACGCUCUACGUGGAGGACAACUGGAACAAGUGUGACAUGGCGGCCAUCUUCCUGUUCAUCGUCGGUGUCACCUGCAGGAUGCUGCCCUCGGUGUUCGAGGCUGGCCGCACCGUCCUCGCCAUCGACUUCAUGGUGUUCACGCUCCGGCUCAUCCACAUCUUCGCCAUCCACAAGCAGCUGGGCCCCAAGAUCAUCAUCGUGGAGCGGAUGAUGAAGGACGUCUUUUUCUUCCUCUUCUUCCUGAGCGUGUGGCUGGUGGCCUACGGCGUGACCACCCAGGCGCUGCUGCACCCCCACGACGGCCGCCUCGAGUGGAUCUUCCGCCGCGUGCUCUACAGGCCGUACCUGCAGAUCUUUGGACAGAUCCCACUGGACGAGAUCGAUGAAGCCCGCGUGAACUGCUCCGUGCACCCCCUGCUCCUGGAGGACUCGCCCUCCUGCCCCAACCUCUACGCCAACUGGCUGGUCAUCCUCCUGCUGGUCACAUUCCUGCUGGUCACCAACGUGCUGCUCAUGAACCUACUCAUCGCCAUGUUCAGCUACACGUUCCAGGUGGUGCAGGGCAAUGCGGACACGUUCUGGAAGUUCCAACGCUACCACCUCAUUGCGGAGUACCAGGAGCGGCCCGCCCUGGCGCCGCCCUUCAUCGUCCUGAGCCACCUGAGCCUGGUGCUCAAGAGGGUCUCCCGGAAGCAGGCUGAGCAGAAGCGGGCACGCCUGGAGAGGGACCUGCCGGAGCCCCUGGACCAGAAGAUGGUCACCUGGGAGGCAGUUCAGAAGGAGAACUUCCUGAGCAAGACGGAGAAGCGGAGGAAGGACAGCGGGGAGGAGCUGCUGCGGAAGACGGCGCACAGGGUGGACUCAGUAGCCAAGUACCUCGCGGGGCUGAGAGAGCAAGAAAAGCGGGUCAAGCGUCUGGAGUCACAGGUCAACUACUGCACGGUGCUCCUCUCCUCCAUGGCCGAUGUGCUGGCCAGGGGCAGCGCCUACUGGAACACUCGGAACUUCGGCGGUGGGAGCCCACAGGCCCCGGCUGAACACGGAGGGGGCCCAGGCAGCAGGGAGCACCCAGAGGCUGGCUGGCCACCCCUGAAUACCUGAGCCUCUUGGACUGUCAGCACACGGCCCACCUCUCCCAGAGCCCCAGGCCCGUGGUAGGCCUGGAGCUUAGCUGGUCAUCCUGGGCCCCAUGGACAUGCCAACCUCCCCCCGCCUCCAGUGGAGCCCCCACCCCCCACCAGCGGGACAUGGCUCUUGUGCCAUUGUUAAAAAGGAACAGCUCCUGGCCCUGCCUGGCAUUUUCCGGGACGUCCCUCGGCCUGGGAGAGCAGUGGUGUGUGGCGGGCCAUCUUCCUAGUGGGCAGAAGCCCCGGAUCCUGUCCAGAAGCAGCCAGCCUGGGCCAGGAGAGCAGACACUCACUGAGCACCUGCCGGGGGCCCCUCUUGCCAGGCGGGGAACUGCCCCGGGGCCUACAUUGUCCUCCACCCAACCCGCGGUGCCGCUAAGAGACUGAUCUUUUUCUGAAA